UAAUACGCGGUCCAAGGCCACGGUCGGCGGUCAAGAUCGAAAAAAAAAACCGGAACACGAGAGGGUGACAGUUAGUCAUCAGAAAUUUGGUGAUAACGGUGCGCCUCGCUCUAGGUGAAAAUCGAACAAUUUCGGGGAAAAAGAAAAAUGAGGAUAAUCGCGUCGAUCGUUUUGAUCCUCGGACUUGCCCUGUAUGUUCACUGCGAGACGACGGAGGAGAGCAGCCACGAAGAGGAUGGUAUUCUCGAUUGUAUGUUCGCGAAUAACGCCGGAAGUUGCCUGAGGUCGACCCUGGAUCGUGACCUGGACCGAAUCGAGUUGGAAGUUACCGGGAAAAAAAGCGAACCACCGAUGAGCACGGUGGUCGCACAGGCUGGCAAUAUCAUCGCGGAGGUCGUUGAUGAUCUGCAGGAGACUGGCGCCGAAGGAAUUAUCGAAGAAGAUGAUGCUCAAGGCGAUAAUGUCGAAGAAGCGCGCAAAAAGAAAUUUAGCAAGAAGAAGAAGAAGCAUCUGCAAAAACUUUUGGGACUGGCGAUGUUGUUAAAAGCGAAGCUCGGUCUACUGCUACAGCUCAUCAGCACGCACUUCCAACUCAAGUUCUUCGUCAUCGCCAUCAUCUCAUUGAUAUUAAACGCCGCUAGGUUCUGGAUAGAGAUCAAGAAGAAUCACCCCUCCAAGGUUAUCUACUACGAACACGCACAACAUCAGCAUCACUACGAUCAUGACGAUCAUGACCAUGGUUAUUGGGGAAGAUCGUCGAAUGAGACACCUCAAGAAAUCGCUUAUCGUGCUUACGUACCUAUGGAAUGACAUCAGAAUCGGACAAAUCUGACCGAAAAGAGUUUAGCGUUAGAAAGAUCAAAGAAGAAUCAAAAGUCACAGUCUUUAUUUUAGAGCUAGCGAAUUCUCAGUUAGAAAAUAUUUGAGACAGAAAUAUGCGCGAUAUUUAUUUUUUUGUAUUUCUAGAUAUUUAUUUAUUUAUUUUAUUUACUGUAUCGAAGUGAAUGUUAUGCAAUCGUGAUUUUUGAGUUUAUUUAAUGACAAACGAUCGCAGAUUUAUCUGAAAAUUGUAAUUAUCAUAUAUAAAAAGAAUAUUUCCUUUCUUA